CCGUUGAAAGUUCCUCAGCAUCAGCACCAGUCAAAGGAGAGACCCGUUCCAGCUUGGCUUGACUACCUCUCAGUCAUCUUCUUUCCAUUGCAUUUACCACAGCCUUCAGCUGAUUUACACACAUAAUAACGACAAAAACCUAUCCGACACAGUUCCAAUUAUUGUUAGAUAGAGAGCACUCGGGGAAAAAACAUGUUGGCUUGCACGGAAAUGAUCACAAUGUGUCUCCAGUCGGCGAAACGGCAACAUCUUCUCGUCAAGAAUCAGCAGCAGCAGCAAACCCCAAACCCUGUACACGGACUUUCCAUUUUUCACGAUAUUUUCCGGCGUGCUGAUAAAAAUGAUGAUGGCAAGCUCUCCUUUGAGGAGUUCAAGGCCUACUUCGCUGAUGGGAUACUGACAACAGACGAGCUGCAGGAGCUCUUCUAUUCCAUUGAUGGGAGACAGAGCAACAACCUUGAUACAGACAAGCUAUCAGAUUACUUUUCUCAGCACCUGGGGGAGUACCUAAAUGUUCUCUCAGCACUGGAGAAGCUGAACAUCGCCAUUUUGAGUGCAAUGGACAAGACUAAAGAGGAGUAUCAGGGCUCGUCUGUGCUUGGCCAGUUUGUGACUCGUUUCAUGCUGAGGGAAACCUCCAACCAGCUGCUGUCUCUUCAGAUGUCUCUGCAGUGUGCCAUGGAGGCGGUGGAAGAGCAGAGCAGUCCCGCAAGUAAUGAGGUGAAGAUUCCAGAGCUCCUGUCCGUGCAGAAGAACAACAACAACAGGAGAUGUGGACGCAGGAUCCAGAAGAACCUCUGCCUGUCUCCCACAGACCCUUACUCAGGCAUCCUUACUACAGGAGUGACAGUGGACACAGAUGAGCACUGGUGUUCCCAGAUCAACCGUCUGCAGCAGCUCAUUGAUAAGCUAGAGUGCCAGAGCCCCAAACUGGAGCCCCUGAAAGAGGACCCUCUGGCGAGCACUUAUAACUCUAACAUUCUGCUGGUGCAGAGACAGAUGAUGGUGGCAGAGGGAGACUUAGAGGAGUUCCAGAAGGCGCUCAACAGCUAUGCCGACUCCACAACCGACCAGAACGACAACCUGCAUGUGUCUAUCCAGAAGCUCCCGGAGAAAUCCUGCUACAUAAUGUAUGAGUUCUGGCAGGAUCGUAUCUCCUGGAUGAGUUACUUACAGUCUGAGCCCAGCAAGACUUUCCAGCGUUGCAUCAUAGACAUGCUGGAAGACCCAGAGGCAGUCUCGACCAUGCUAAUGCCUGCCUCCUGGUGGAUUAUGGGUAACCACUAACAGCAACGACUAACAGGUCCACAGCAUCCACAGCUCCCCCCCCCCCUCCCAUGUGGAAAACCAAGCGCCCACGAUAAGAAUAUUUCAAAGAAUCCACUGCGUGUUUGUUACAAGCUAAAUGCUUGUAAUUCCUGCGCACACAUUUCCUACACUCUUUUUUUCCUGAUUGCAUCAUCAUGUCUCAUUUAAUAUUUGAUAGUUUUCCCCCUGCAUGGGGAGGAAAUAUGCUAUGAACAGGCAUGUGAUUUGUCUUUCCUCUAGUGCAUGUAUAGAAAAUCAGUCCUUCAGUGUCUUGCCAGUGGCAAAAAGAGGAUUUGAAGCUUUUUCGUGGCUUCAAAAGCAAGACUAUCCUCUCUGAUUAGAAGACAUUCUGUGAACUAAGAUCAGGAAAAGUGGAACAUCGUAUAAACAAGCAUCAAAGAUAAAUAUUGAAGACAUAGAGAGCUCAUAACCAACAUGUGAGGUUUGUAGUUACUUCUCAAGAUAGCCAGAGGUUUAAGAAAAAUAUCAAGGAUAGCUUUGUCUUUAAAAAUGCAUGCCGACUUAACUUUUUUCAUUUUGCUUCAGAGGAGGAGAUCAAUCCUUGGCAAAAGACAAAAAGGUGAUGAUGUUGUGGAUAGACUAGUCUUAGCCAGGAGCAUACCCUAGGUAUCCAAUCUAGGAUCUCUACUGCAUAACCCAUGUUUCGUCAUUCUGGUAUGAUUUGGAUCUUAGCGAUGCUUACUUUCGAUAGCCAUCCUGCCUGAUGCUAUUGAGUUUUUGUGAACAUGACUGUCAGUGUGUUUUGGAUUUGAUGACAAAAAAAAAAGUUAAUGUAUUUUUGUGGUUUAUGGCAUCCAUUGUAUCUCCUCAUGUACGGACAGAAAUAAACAGGAGAGGUUUGUUUGCGUACGGUCCUGUUGGCGUGUCAUUGAUUUUUGGGUGAUUAAAGUUUAAUUAACAUCUCUUACAUCUUGGCAAUGACAGCUUGGCUCUUCCUCCUCCCAUUGCCUCAAAAGUAGAAAUAUUCUCCGCCUCUGCCUUUCGGAUAAAAAAAAAAAAAAAAACUAAAAUAGUUCAAAGGAAAA